AUGCUUGGAUUAUUUGAGAAGUUGACCCUGCUGGCAACAGUGUCAUUGUCCCUCCUGGCCUCUCUGGCCCUGUCUUCCCCCGUGGUGGGUCCAGAGCCUAUCCGCUGUGCCUCCUGUACCCAGGAGAAACUGGAUGAAUGCCCGGUCAUCUCCCCAGACUGUAAGCAGGUUCUAAGGGAGCCGGGAUGUGGCUGCUGCUUAGCAUGUGCCCUGGCGAAGGGGGCCUCCUGUGGGGUGUACACGGCCCACUGUGCUGAGGGGUUAAAAUGCAGCCCUAGAUCUGGAGACCCCAGACCUCUCUACUCUCUCACCAGGGGACAGGCUAUCUGCACCGAGGACGAGGGACAAGAGGAAGUAGAGUGGUUUACAGACCACAGCUCCCUGCCCGACCUCCUGGGACUUAACACUCCCUUUGACCCCAGAGAUGAGGGGGAUGAGGAGAGCAUCAAUGCCAAGGUCAAUGCCAUCCGCAAGAAACUGGUGAAACAGGGGCCCUGCCACAUUGAGCUGCAUGCAGCCCUCGACAGGAUAGCCAGCUCUCAGCAGGAACUAGGAGAGAAGUUCACCACCUUCUACCUCCCCAACUGUGACAAACAUGGCUUCCACAAGGCUAAGCAGUGUGAGUCGUCUCUGGUGGGACCCCCUGCCAGGUGUUGGUGUGUAUCCUCCUGGAAUGGGAAGAAGAUCCCGGGGUCAAAUGACCUACUAGGGGACUCAGAGUGUCAGCAGGAGCUCACUCACUAA